AAUAAACAAGUAGUAAAAAGAAAAUUCUCAAUUGAUGAAUUAAAUUAUGAUUCUGAUUUAAUUCUAAAGAUUCUCAAGAAGAAACAAGUAGUAAAAAAAAUAUCAAUUGAUAAAUCAAAUUAUGAUUCUGAUUUAAAUUCUGAAGAUUCUCAAGAAGAAAUGAAUA